GGCGCAGGCGGAAGGGGCGGAGCUUAGGCGGCGGUGGCUGAGAAGGCAGCGGGGCGGCGGCGGCGGCAGCGGCUCUGGAGGCCGCAGUUCGGGUCCUGGCUUCGGCCUCAGCCCCACCAUGGUGACGCUUGCUGAACUGCUGGUGCUCUUGGCCGCUCUCCUGGCCACGGUCUCGGGCUAUUUCGUUAGCAUCGACGCGCAUGCUGAGGAGUGCUUCUUUGAGCGGGUCACCUCGGGCACCAAGAUGGGCCUCAUCUUCGAGGUGGCGGAGGGCGGCUUCCUGGACAUCGACGUGGAGAUUACAGGACCAGAUAACAAAGGAAUUUACAAAGGAGACAGAGAAUCCAGUGGGAAAUACACAUUUGCUGCUCACAUGGAUGGAACAUACAAAUUUUGUUUUAGUAACCGGAUGUCCACUAUGACUCCAAAAAUAGUGAUGUUCACCAUUGACAUUGGGGAGGCUCCAAAAGGACAAGACAUGGAAACAGAAGCUCACCAGAACAAGCUAGAAGAAAUGAUCAAUGAGCUAGCAGUGGCGAUGACAGCUGUAAAGCACGAACAGGAAUACAUGGAAGUCCGGGAGAGGAUACACAGAGCCAUCAACGACAACACAAACAGCAGAGUGGUCCUGUGGUCCUUCUUUGAAGCUCUUGUUCUAGUUGCCAUGACAUUGGGACAGAUCUACUAUCUGAAGAGAUUUUUUGAAGUCCGGAGGGUUGUUUAAAAAGCCUCUUCCUGAUGAUCCCAACUCAGAAUUCACUGUUUACCAAACACCUUGGUCAUAAUGUCAUUAGUUUCUCCAUUUUUAUUUUCUGAACUGUACAUUCACAACUUAUGUUUCUUUGUGAUUAAUAGAUAUUGGGGGGAAAACGCCUUUUUAGGAAAAUUAUAGUGAAAAUUUGACAGUUGAUUGGCAUAACUUCUUGUUUGAAUGCUGCCUCCAUUAUAUAGGUCCUUCCAGGAACUCAAACACUGUAAGUGAAAUAUGGGAGUAUAGUUUUUAUUAUUUCUUCUUUUCCUUUUGUUUUCAUAAUAUAAUGCAGUUUGUUCAGGAAAUCAGCACAAAGCCUGAUAGUACUUUACUAAAAUGACUGCAUUCUUUGGAUUCCCUCAGUCUGUGGUUCAAGUCAGUAAAGAUUCAUUUUUGUUGAGUCCUUAUGAGAAACAGCAGUUUGAAUCUUGACGGUUUCUGCCUGUCCUAAUGGCAGAGCUCUCUGACUUGGGCAUAUGCUGCCAGGCUGGGUACUUUCAUACUUUGUUUUCUUGUUUUGCUUUAAAACUAUGACUCAGCUUACAUUUUCCUGCAUACAUUUUUACAAGUACCUUAGGACUCAAUCAUCUCCACUUAAAUUGAUGACACAAGCAGCUAAUAACCAUUUUUGGGUUUCUGCCUAACCCUCUAAUUGUCUGUUAAAGCCAAUUCUCUGGGUGUCCCAGUGAGUGGUGGCUUUUUUUCUUUCCACACUGGCACAUUCUCCCACUCUUGGCAUGUAAGAAAUAAGCAUUUACACAAUUGGAAAAGUCCGGAUUUCUGAUGCCAAAGGGUUAAAGCCUCUUGGAUUUCAUUUCAGUGAUAUACAGCCACUAUUUUAUUUUUGAUCAGUGGCCUUUGGGCCACUGUGUAGGGUACUGAACAUCAGUGUCAGCAUUAGGGUUUUUGUUUCUUUUGGUUCUUUCUUUUUUGGCACAUGUGAAUCUUGUUCUGAGUAAAAUGAAAUUACUUUCUCUUGUUCUCUGAUGAUGGGUUUAAAAUUAAAAGAGCAUCUGGUUUUGGUAUGGGGAUGAUCCAGGAUUAUGUUGUGACUGAUACAUAUUAGUUACUUGUACAUUUUUUUUUUGGAUCUUUGCAAGGGGAAAACUACAAGUAACGAGUUUUAUAUAAUUAAUUUAAAUUUGUUACAGGUUUUCACGUUCAGGAUAAACCAUUUUUCCACCUUGGGUGAGAACACUUGCAACAGUUUAUUAAUGAGGUGACUUUCACCUUAGGACAACUGUUGCAUGCCAAGUUUUUUUUUGCGUGUGAAACACUUCAAAAUUGAUUUAAAAGAUGUAAAUUUAAAAUUGGUUGUAUCUAAUAUGCCCCAGGUUCGGUAAAUAAACAAUUCUUUUUAAAAACA